CGGCGGUCAGGUCCGUCAUGCCCCAACCUGGCCUCCCCCCUCCCGUGUAGUAGUACGUGCGGUGCGGAUCACUUCAACGUGCUUUGACUCGCGGUGCGCCCAUGCUUGAUGCUUCGUCUCCGUUUCCUCCCUCGGAACAGUCAGAGCUGCAUGGCAUGCGAGCGGUCGUACCAGACCGCCGUUCCAUUACCCGGCCGGCGGCUAUAAAUACGGGCGCACGCCGGUCAGCCUAAGCACAGUUCACAAAGCGCAACACAACACAACACAUAGCCACAGAAGAGCAGCUAAGGCACCCGUAAAGAGGAUCUUUGGUUUAGCAGCUCUCCUGUAAGUUCGUACUACCUAGCUGAAGAAGCUCGGGGGCACCGGCCGGUCGGAGGACACCAGCAUGUCGCCCGUGCACGUCCCGGAGCUCAGCAGCGGCGGGUCGCUCACCCUGAACCCCGUGCAGCGCGCGCUCAGCCGGCUGUCGUCGUCGUCGGCCCUCACGCCCAGGUCGCCCCCGCCGUCCUACGGGAGCAUCGUCACCGUGCUCAGCAUCGACGGCGGCGGCGUCCGCGGCAUAAUCCCCGGAACCAUCCUCGCCUUCCUCGAAGAGAAGCUCCAGGAGCUCGAUGGGCCGGACGUGAGGAUCGCCGACUACUUCGACGUGAUCGCCGGGACAAGCACCGGGGGCCUGGUGACGGCCAUGCUCUUCCAGGCGCUGCGCUGCGAGAAGCGCUACCUCCGCAUCCAGGACGACGAGCUUAAAGGCGACACCUCAUCUGUUGACGUGUCCACGCCGGAGAACCUUAACAGGCUCGUCGAGGUCGGCAAGGCGCUGCUCAAGAGGAGCGUGUGCAGGGUGAACGUCGAGACCGGCAAGACCGUGCCCGACGACAAUAGAGGCACCAACGAGGAGGAGCUAAUCGGUUUCGCACAUAUGCUCUCACAGGAGCGCAAGGCCAGGUUGCAGAAGAAGGGAGUCACCAUCACACAGUAAACAUGUGUAGUUCAUAACAUAUAGCUAAGCUCAUAUUACGUGUAAGGCAAAUAUAGGAUAAGUCAUUAGACGGUCGAACUUUGGUAGGCUAGAAAUAUUGAACUGCCAAAGCUCACAGACUUAUGCAAGUUUUAGAGGUCCGCAAACAAGUUGUAAAGUGGGAGAAUGAAAUAAAUGGCCAACUGUUUAUUGUGGGCACGACAUGAAA